AUGGGCAAAAAUUCAGGACUCGAGUCCUCUACGAAGGUUGACGUGACCCCCAAACCCGCUCAAUCUCAUAAGCGCAAGAGAGAUCCCCAUGGCUCUCAGCCUGCAGCCACUCCCACGCCAACGAAGAAGCACAAGAAACGCGAAAGCUUGCCGAUUGCAGAGAUCACAGAUGAUGGCAGCAUCAAGAAGCGCAAGCAUCUCAAAGAUGCGCUUCAAGGAUCGAGUUCCCCGGAAACGUCCCGGAAAGAAAGUACUCUCUCGUCAGACCGCAGAAAAGCGACUUUUGCAGACUCGCGCAACGGCAACAGCGAAACGGCAGGGAAAUCGAAAAAGAGCAAGCGAAAGAGCCCUGGAACGGAUGACAUAUUGGGUGCUGCGGCUCCAUCUGUGAUUACAAGAGCUGACGAUGAAGAAGUUGAAGCGCCGGAAGUCGAAGAACGCAAAUUGAAGAACAAGCAUUCGGGGAUUAUGUCAAAGUUCGAGCGGACGAAAACCGUCUCCAGCGCUAAAGCCAAAAAAGUUGAGCCCGAAGGUGUUGAAGAUGAGACACCUGCUGUGGAAGCUGUCUACGCACAGGGUCUUGAACGACUACCUCAGCCUGAAAACCCACCCGAGCUAGAGCAAAUCCCAACAUAUUCAUCUCUCCCCGCCUGGCUGGCUAAUCCGUUGCGCAAAUCAGCUCAGGACACAAAGAAAUUCUCUGAGCUCGGAAUCAAGCCAGAUCUUCUUAAAAUCCUCGAACAACAGAAUUACAACGAAGCAUUUGCUGUACAAUCUACAGUCAUUCCCCUCCUUCUGCAAGGAGAGCAAAAUCAUCCAGGAGAUCUUUGUAUCUCUGCAGCGACUGGAUCCGGCAAAACACUUUCCUAUGUUCUCCCCCUUGUGACCGCUCUGCCGCCGAGACCUGCCUCUAGGCUUAGAGGGUUGAUUGUAGUUCCCACACGAGAGCUGGUGAAACAAGCUCGCGAAUCCUGCGAACUAUGUGCUUCUGGGUCCAGACUUCAUAUCGGAAGCGCAGUCGGUAACGUUGCUAUCAAAGACGAGCAGAAACUCUUGAUGCGCGUGGACCAGGUUUACAACCCAGCUGUUCAACGGCAACAGCGAGAUGGGUUGAAAGGAAACGACUGGAUGAAUUUGAGCCUGGAAGAUUGUGUCAGUGAGGCAAUUGACUCUAACGGGUCUCUUCCGGGCCACAUCCAGCGAUCUGAGCCGAAUGUUGACAUUCUUAUCUGUACUCCUGGUCGCCUAGUCGACCACAUUCGCUACACUAAGGGGUUCACCCUCAAGCAUCUCGAGUGGCUGGUGAUUGACGAAGCAGAUCGUCUCUUGAACGAAAGCUUCCAAGAGUGGGUUGAUGUCGUCAUGAACUCGCUGAACAGCCGGCAGGCCCCCGAGACCUUUGGGCCUGGUGGAAAGCUUCUGUCUGAACUUGGACUUUCGAUUGACGCUAAGCCUCCUCGAAAAGUGAUUCUGAGUGCAACAAUGACCCGCGACAUUUCUAAACUCAACUCGUUGCGCCUGGCUAACCCCAAGAUGGUUAUCAUCGGGUCCGAGGAUGCUGCCGACGAAGAAGACCCAUCGGCUAUUCAUCCAGAUGCUCACUUCGCCUUACCCCCAACUCUGUCUGAGCACGUUGUUCAAGUUGGCGACGGAUCUCUCAAGCCGCUCUAUCUGCUGCGUCUUCUUCUUUCUCACAUUGAGAUUAGUGCGGACCGGGCUCCAGCCGUGUCUGAUUCAUCCGAUUCUGACAGCUCUAGUUCAGAUGAUGAUACUAGCAGCGACGAUGAUACUAGCUCUGGUGAAUCGUCUGAUGAUGACACUUCAUCUUCUGGGUCAGACUCGGAGUCAGACUCGGACUCGAAUUCGGAUUCUUCAGACUCUACCGACUCAUCUGACUCGGAAUCCGAUGCUAUGGAAGUCAUUCCCUCACCCUCACGUAAGACCGUUCUGGUUUUCACCAAAUCAUCUGAGUCUGCCUCCCGACUUGCACGUCUCAUUGCCCUUCUGCAUCCCGCAUUGGCCAAGCAUGUGGGAACCAUCAUUAAAUCCAACAAAUCCUCUGCAUCCCGCAAGACAUUGACGGCUUACCGACAAGGUCGUAUUUCAGUGAUUGUUGCUACUGAUCGUGCCUCUCGUGGUCUCGACCUGGAAUCUUUGACUCAUGUGAUCAACUACGAUAUCCCGACUAGCAUUACUACCUACGUUCACCGAGUUGGACGUACCGCCCGCGCCGGCCGCACAGGCUCUGCGUGGACCUUGGUUGCUCACCGCGAGGGCCGCUGGUUUGCCAACGAGAUCGCAGCUAGUGUGGACGGCAGGAUCACGCGUACCUCGAACAUCGAACGUGUCCAGAUCAAGACCGACGCACUAGAAUCGCUCAAGCCCAAAUACGCCAAGGCUUUGGACAAGCUUGAGCAAGAGGUCAAGCGUGGCUAG